GGUAAUCGUGCGGGCUUCAUAAUUUAAGUCUCCCUCAAGGUCAUACUUUUGGGACUGUGCAAGCCCAUAUUGCUUUGACUGGUCGCCUUUUGGAAACUGAACUCCAAAACCAUGUUCUGGGAAUCUGCUGCUGCAUAUUCACAGAUCAAUGAUAUUUUAUCACGACCGAAUCUCACAAUCAAGGAACUUUUGGAUGAUGAUGAUGUUUUACAAAAAUGUCGUGAAAAAGAUCCACGUUUAAUUAAUUUUUUAUCAAGGUCAGAUAAUUUGGAUUAUCUAAUAGAUUUAGUUAGUCGAACACCUAAAUGUUCUAAUUUCAAUCGAGAUUUGUAUAGAUAUUCUAGUUUAGCCUGUGAAAUUCUAACAAAUGACAUCAACGAAAUACUAGAUGGGAUAAUUGAAUUAACCGAAUCAACAACUGAUCAACAUACUCCUAAUGAAUCACAUAAUAAUGGUAGUAAUAACAACAAUAAUCAUAAUAAUCACAUGUUAGAAUCCAAUCAGAUAAAAUCUAUAUCAAUACCAUCCUCCUUCUCUUCACCUUUACCAUCAUCUUCAGUAAUUAUCAAUGAUCAUAGUUUGACAGAGAUCAAUAAUAAUACUAAUGAUCAAAGUUGUAAUGAUAUGUUAAUAGUUGGCAAUAAUUCCUCGGAACUACACCAAAUAAAUCAUAAUCUUACUGAUCAUUAUUCGAAUGUCCACGAUGAUGAUAGUACCAAUCAUUUAUCAUCUUCGAUGUCUAUUAUCAAUGAAUCAUCAUCUAUUAUCAAUGGUCAUCAUAGUAGUCAAUUAUUUGACAACAAUAAUCAUAAUAAUUCAGUAAAUGAUUUAAGUGAAAUCUUAUCAUCUAGUUUAAAACUUUCUCCACCAAUGUCAUUAUCAACACCUCAUUCAUCUACAAUCACAAAAAUAACUAAAUCAAAUGAGGCUAUUCAAGUUGAUUCAUCAAUGACUACAUGUCGACGACGUUUAGAUUUAUUAUUGAAAUUUUUUCAUUAUUCUAAUCAACCAGUUAAUCCAUUAUCAGCUAGUUUUGUUUCACGUUUAUUAAUACAUUUAACAUUACAUCGUGGAAAUAUUAUUAUACCUUAUUUACGAUCAUCAAAUGAAUUUCUUGAUCAGUUAUUCUUAUCUUUGGAUUCUUCCUCUGUGGCCGAUUUAAUUAUACAAUUAUCUCAACAAGAAACAAAACAACAACAUAUGAUUUUUGAAUGGUUUAAGACCGAUCGACUUGUUGAACGUCUUAUUGAAAAAUUUGAUCCAAUCUAUUCGUCUGACGCACAUGAAUCGGCAGCUCAUUGUCUAAUUGAACUCAUCACUGUUCUACGCAAUUAUUUAGUGAAUAAUCUUCCAAAUUCAGAUAAUAGUGAUAUGAUAGUGAAUUCAAUGACAACUGCAACCACCACUACUAAUAAUGUUGGCGGUAGUAGUAUAUUUGGAUCACCGUUAAAUAGUACAUAUUCCAGUUUAUUUGAUAAAGAUGAAGAAACGUAUAAAGCAGCUGAAAAUUUACUAAAUGUAUUAGAAAGUGAAGAAACUAUGUCAAUGUUAUUAAAUCGUAUUACAGCUAAUGAAUACGUCGUACCAUCUAUUUUAGUCAGUUGUGUAAAUGUAUGUAUUGCUUUAAUCGGUAAAAGGAAGCCUGAAUCAAGUUUUCCUGUUGGAGAAGAUGGACAUGGUUUAGAUUUUGAUGCAUUAAUUAAAUGUUCCGGUGAUAUUAGCAGUAAUUUGAAAUUUAUAUUACGUAAUAAUACUAAUCUGGGCAAUAAUCUCUCUUCUACUGUUGAUAAUGAUAUCAGUGAUCUUGUUGAAAAGUCUAAUCAAUUCAUUACUUCAUCAAAAGAUGAUACUACUACUACUAAUAAUAAUAAUAAUAAUAAUACCGUUAUUGAUAAAUUACAUAUAAUGAAAGCUUCAGAAAAUCUAAUCAAAACAUCUCUACCAUGUUUAAAUGAAUUGCAUGAUUUGUUGAAACGAUUUCAUCCACAAUUUUAUAAUUGUAUGCCAACAACUCAUUGUACAUUAAAUCCACCACUUGGACGUUGUCGUCUAGCUAUUCUACAAUUAAUUGCUUCACUUAUAUCUUUACCUAUUAGUACUAAUUUAUCUAAAGCAAUUGUAGAUAUUGGAUUUGUAAAAACUUCAAUGGAAUUAUUCGCCUUAUAUCCAUACAAUACAUUUUUACAUCAUUAUGUUACUGAUAUUAUAAAAUCAGUGUUUAAACAUUCAGGACUUGUCAACAAUAUUAAUGGUAAUAAUAAUUCCACUAAUAUAUCUGAUGAUAAUAAAACAAAUCAUCUCAUCAAUACAACUCUUAGUACUAAUACUGUUGAACUAUCUUCUAAUCAUGACAAUAAUCAAAUCACCGAAUCUUUAUCCCCUUCAAUAUCAUCAUCAUCAUCAUCAGCUGAUUCAUCGACGAAUACUGCUACAACUGAUUCUGAUAAUGUAGUCAAUUCAACAAAUUCAUCUAAUACUAACCAACUUAAUCCAUAUGAUAAGGGUAGUGAUAUUAAUUUAAUUCAUCAAAAUGAGAAUGAAUAUAGUAGAAAUAUAUUAAUUAGUUUAAUAAAAGAUCAUCAACUUAUUGAUUGGUGUUUAACAUUAUCCCCUUUACCAUCAUUAAAUGAACGUCCGAAUGAUGGGGAUUCACCGAACUGCUUAGUUCGAUUAUCGAAACACCCUGUAAAAUCAGGUUAUUCAGGACAUAUCUGGCAAAUUGGUAACCUAAUCGUAGCAGCAAUGAAUGGUCCGUAUGGAGAUUUUUUAAAAUCUCUCAUUCAAGAUUUACAUCCGAACACUCAAAAACUAUGGUCAGAUUUUGUCAAAGAUCUCGAUGGGAUCAACUCUGUAGAAGUUGCUGAGACAUCUCAAUCUGCCAUUGAAAAUCUUAAUCAUUCUGAUGUCCCAUUUGUUCUGGCACCUGUUACAUCAUCAAAUUUAAUGCAAAACAAAUUAUUAGAUCUAAAUGGAAAAUCAUCAUCUUAUUUCUUAGAUGAUAUUGACAAUGAUAAACAUGUUGAAUAUGGUAAAAAUAAUCAUGAAUAUCUUGCUUAUCAUCCAGUGAUACCAGCAUCUACAAUAGUUAAUCUGCAUCGACAAACUAUUUUACAGAAUUUUAUGGAUUCAUGGUUAGAUCCAGAUGAAGAAUCUGAACAUAAUGAUAAUAGUAAUAGUAUUUAUGAUCAUAAUAAUAAUAAUCAAUCUGAAGAAAAAGAUCAAGUUAAAACACCUGAUAUCCAUAUUGGAGUUCCUGGACCUUUAGGAGAAAUGUAUUUUCAUAACAAUAUUGAUAGCGAUGAUGAUUUUUUCAAUGGUCGUGAUAAUGAAGAUGAUGAAAAGGAUGAGAAUGACGAAUUGGAAGAAGGCAAAGACAAUGUUCACAGUAGAGGUUAUUUUAACAUUGAGGAGGACGACGAUGACGACGAUGAUGAAGAAGAUCUUAAGUCACCAAUUCAAAUUAAACAACAACAUUCCAGUAAACAAUCAAUCAUUAACACUAGUAGUUCAACAUCUUUGCUGCAUAAUGAUUCAAAUAAAUUAACUGAAGUAUCUUAUGUAACAACUCAUGACAACGAACCUUCUAUCAGCAUAAACAGUAAUGGCAAACUAUCUACAACAAUACCUACUCCUGCGACUACCACUACUCAUACUACUACUACUACUAUUAUUAAUAGUAGUAUAUCAGGAGAUAUCGAAAUUAAAUUAUUGAAUAAUGAUGAAGAAACCGACCAAAGCAAACAUAAUACUUCAUCUGAAUCAAUUGUAACUUUAUUAAAUGCAAAUUUUUUUAAAAAACAAUUUAAAUUGUGUACAAUUAUCUAAAUUUAUUUCUAUUCAUUCUAUUUGUUCCUUGCUCUCUCUCUCCCUCUCGCUCGCUUCCACUCACUCUCCCUCCCUCUCGCUUUUAGUCUCUGUGUAUAUCCCUUCUUCUAUAUAUUUUUGACAGUUAAUGUUUCACAAUUCUCAAAAUGUGCACUUUUUAUUUUACUUAUUACUAUUUGAAGAGUUUUGAAAAGAAAAAGAAGAAAGAAGAAAAGAGGACACAACAUGUACACAGUUUUUUUGUUUUCUUGUUCCCAUGAAAGUAUAUACAUCUCAAUUGACUUAGUCACUAUCUUGUUUUCUUUGAAAGUCUAUUGAAAUUAUCGUUGAAAUUAUCUUCAGUGAGACUAUAAUUUAUCGAUAACCUUUGAAUGAUGCUAGAAUGACUUUGAAAGUGUUCACCUACUGACUAGGAACAAAUGAGUGUGAUAAACGAGUAUGAUGAUUUAUAGUUGAUGGAUAACGGUUAAGAAUUAGAUUUAAGGUUUUUCAUCACGAACUGACAUCAGCUAUACAAUGCCAAGAUUCAUUGAAUUUCAUGCCAAAAUCUGAAACCUGUUAUUUUAUACCUGAUUUGUUCGUCUAUACAUUAUAGUCUCGCUUUCUAUUCACAAUGGUUCCAUCAUUUGUAGAAUCUCAGUUGUUGUUGUUGUUUUCUUUUCAAUCUAUUAACUGAGAAACAUCAAUGAUAUAAAUAUUGUGUGCCUUUAAUCUAAUCCAAUUAUUAUCUCAUAUAUAAUUGUGUCAUUUUUUUUGUAUCAAUGAAACCUUCAUUAUAGAGUGAAUACUACUAACAAAAAUUGUGGAUAGUAGUAGUAGUAUUGUGUGUUUUAUUCAAUUUGAUUCAUUUAAAUCCAUCAUGGUGACAGUCUCAUAUUCAUGUUAACACCUUAUUUUUCUCCUCUUUCAAUAGUGUGUUAAACAACAGUUUCUUUUUUCAUAUAAUGAAAACGAAUGACUUUUUUUUUAAAUGUAACCAGACAUUAGCUUAAAUAAACAAACAAAUCAACAACAACAAAACCUACCAAGCAUUGAACGCAUAUAGUUUCAUCCUUAUUUUAGAUCUUCCAAAACAGUAUGGGUUCUAAUCUUAGAAGAUUGUUUAUCAUAGUGUAUCAAUUGUGGUAAUGUUGUAUUAUUUGAUCAACAGCCAGUACAUAUCUAUAUAUAUACAUGGAAUACAUUUAUUGUGUCUUUAGUAAUCUAAACAUCAUUGUUUGUUUGUAUAUUAUUGAUUUGAAUUAAUGACGAAAACUACCUUAUAAUUUAUUUAUUUAAACACGUAAACAAGGAGGUAUCAAAUACAUAUGCGCCACACAAGUCACUUCGUUACUGUGUGAUUAUGAUACUGUCCGGGUGACAAGAUUGAAACAGGUGGUUUUCUCAGGGGAUCACACACGGAGCCUUCGACCUAAAGGUCUGAUCCACAAGGCAGUGGAGCAUCAUUGUAAAGAGAUGCAGUUCCAUGGUAGCCAGUGACCAACAAUACUCCAUUUAUUCCUUCAGGAUACUGCAGCUCAUGUGAACCAUUGGUUUCGGAUCAGGGCUUUUCAAUUCCCCUCGAUGGACUAUCAGUAUCUACCAACACGGUUAAAACUCGGGACAUUCGCUUUUCGUCUUCUAAAUUUCGUAAACAACGGUUUUGCCGAAAGAAGCCAGUGACUAAGACUUCCCUGGCAGUGGUUGUAUGCAAGUGGCGAUAUGAGAGCAUUUCUAGAGAGAUGGCUAACUCUCAUCACUCUCGGCCGUACCAAGGCAUUUGGAGGGCACCUUAUAAAAUAUACAAUGAUCUUUAUAUUCAUUAAGUAUUAAAGAGUUCAUCGAACUCACUGGCUUUUAACAAGUAAAUUUUAGUAUGAAACCUUGCUAUAACUAAUUCAAUUUGAAUAAUUACAUUUACCUCACACGAUACCGAUGUAAUUCACAGCCCAAUACAUGAAAUAUAUAUUCGUACUAAAUGAGUUGGUAAAAGAAUUUCAUCAAUACCAUGAAGCAUACUUCAUGAAUUAACAGGAAAAACAACGGUAGAUAACAUCACUUUAUUUGUUUACCUUUCCCAAUCGAUCAAUAGUAUCGAUUCCUUAGAGAAAUAAUAGUGUUUGUUACCAUUCUAUUCAUUUCAUACAGUGUUUCUUCCGUGAAGCAUCUUUUUAUGUCGACAUUGAUUCAUACAAUUCAGAACUGUAAUCAUAAUAAACCUGUCAUACGUCACUAUCUUUUCUAUUGUUCUAUACAGUAUAUGGAUAUUCACAUUCAUAUAGGCAAUCUACAUUUGACUAGUUCUAUUCAUAAUAUUAACGAAACAUUGUCUGGUGACUAAUUGCGUCAUACUUUUGUCCAUUAUAGAAUAAUAUUUAGAUGUAUAUUCUUAAAUCCACGUAAUCAGUCUUAAUCCCUAUCACUACGUCAUUUUUACUGUUUCUCAGUCUAUUUAUGAUAGUGUUUUCAAUACUAAUUUACGGCUGUUACCCCUCGUGGAAGAGCAUAGGCCGCCGCUAACUAGAACAAAUAAGUUCAGGUAUUUGCAAUCACCGAUUGUUUUUUUUGUGAAUAAUGUCAAGUAUAUGCAAUCUGUAUUUAACAAAUCAACUGAAACUACAUAGUAGCUAUUGAAAUUAUAGAAUUGAUCAGAUUGUAUCAAAAUAUAUAAAGUUUUACUCUCCAUUAUAAUUGAACCUGUUAACUCCAACUCAGUAUGCGUAUCCCUAUAACAUCUUUGUUUGCUAAAUUCCUCCAAACUACUUGCGAGUAGUAUAUAUAUAUAUUUAUAUUUUUAACUUUUCAAUAUCACUACUGUUUCAAUUUUUUGAUUGAGAUCAUUAACCGAUUGAUGUUAGACCACCAUUGAAAACCUACAGGCACUAGACAGCCGUUUCUUCCUAUUUUGGGACUCCUCAGCAGUACACAUCCAUGAUCGUUUCAUGAUCUCAAUGAAAAAAGUGAUUGUCUCCAAAACCCUAUACUAAUAAUAUUCAUUUUAUCUAAUUCUAUAUUUCAGGUGAAUAUCGAUUACCUUACACAAUUUCAUCUGAUAUCGACGUGUGUCCAUGUAAAAAUGUGUUGCGUAACACGUGAUGUUUUUCUUUGUUCUUUCUUCUUCAACAAGAAAAAAAAACUUUAAAAUUCGACGAUGAUGACCACCAUCAUAAUUUCUGCUGGUGUCGUUGUUGUUAUUAUUAUGAUUAUUACUAUUCUAACAAAACCAGUUGUAAACAUUGAAAUCUGACUUACCCUAUCAUAUUUUGAUGUAUACAAAUGAAUGAACCUACUCAGAUACUCCCUACUAGUUAUUUGAAUUGUUUAAAUUUUUAAACAUCCUCUCCUUUUCUCUUUUAUUCACUAUGUAUUACAUAAUUAUUUUUGUUUGUUUUUUCUUGUCUGUCUGUGUGUGUGUGUGUGUGGUUCAUUUAAAUGAUAAUGAUUCUCAUUUAUGUGUGUAGAUUUUGAUCAUCCCUUUCUCCCCCCCCCCCGCCGUUUUCUUUUGUUUCUCCAAACAAACUUCACAAUCCAUUUAAUUUAACCGAUUGAUUCCAAAGGGGGAAUAAAGUUGUAAACUAAGCUAAAAAUUUGUAUCUAGACCGUUUUUUUUUAUUCAUGGAUAUUAUAAUAAUUUGUAUAUCAUGAGUGAUGUUUUUAUUCAUUUUUCUUACUCUCUUUCUCUCUCUCUCUGAUAUUUAGACAUCAGUUUAAUUUAUUCGAUAAAGAUAAUGCAAAGGUAACUAGUAACUGUUUCUCCUUUUUUUCUUUUCUUUCGUUUUAUUCAAUGUGCUACGUACUGUAUGGUUGGUUUUAUAUAUAUUGAGUGCUGCAUAUUAUAUAAGGGUGAGGUGUGUGUUUGUGCAUUGAUUAUGUCAUCGAUGAAAUGUAUGUCUGUUAUAUAAUUUAUGAUAAAUAUACUGUAAUUAUAAAUUAUUCAAUAACCAUGUAAAGAAUAACAAUACCAUUCAUAAUGAUAGGAAUUGUUCCUUUUCAUUUGUGCCUACGUACACAG